UUCAGCAACUCUACCUGCACUUUAUGGAAAUGGAUAACAGGAGCAGCAGCAAGAGACGAGCGAGUGGCAGCAAUGCCGAUCUACUGGACGAUGAGGAGAAUGUGGGUCUGGGCUGCUGUGGCUGGACGCUGGUCAUCCUGUCAGCCUUCUUCGCCCUGCUGCCCUGCUUCUGGAUCAUCUCCGUCUUCAUCUGCCCCAAGGUUGUGAAAGAAUAUGAGCGGGCUGUCAUAUUCCGACUCGGACGUAUCGUGGACAAGAAGCCCAAAGGACCUGGCAUAUUCUUCAUUCUUCCGUGCACUGACGACAUUGUGAAGGUGGAUUUGAGAACCGUCUCCUUUGACAUUCCCCCACAAGAGGUCUUAACGAAGGACUCGGUGACCGUGGCCGUGGACGGAGUGGUUUACUUCCGGGUCAGCGACCCCAUCAAGUCUGUUGCCAAUGUGUCCAACGCAGACUUUGCCACGCGGCUGCUGGCUCAGACCACCCUCAGGAACAUGCUCGGAACCAAGAACUUGGCAGAGGUCCUGUCCGACCGAGAAGCCAUCGCCCACGGAAUGCAGUCCACCCUGGACGAGGCCACGGACCAGUGGGGCAUCAAAGUGGAGCGUGUGGAGAUUAAGGACGUGAAGCUUCCCCAACAGCUGCAGAGAGCCAUGGCCGCCGAGGCAGAGGCCACCCGGGAGGCCAGAGCCAAGGUGAUCGCCGCCGAGGGAGAGAUGAACGCCUCGCGGGCCCUGAAGGAGGCCUCCCUGGUGAUCGCAGAGUCCCCGUCCGCCCUCCAGCUGCGCUACCUGCAGACCCUCAACACCAUCGCCGCCGAGAAGAACUCCACCAUCAUCUUCCCCCUGCCCAUGGACAUGAUGUCACAGUUCAUGAACAGGAAGUAGGAUGUGAUGUCACACUAUAUAAUAAAUGCAGUGUGUAAAAAAUAUAUAGUUUAAUAUCUAUAUUACUAACAUACAGCCCAAUUCAUAUGAACAGGGAAAGGGUGUCACACUAAAAUGUCUAUAUAUUAUAUAACGUAGACUACAAUAUAUAUUCAUAUCAUACGUAGGCUACAUAAUACAUACCAUAUAUUUAUAUAUAUAUUAUAUUAUGUAUACCAUAGUACACUUACAUGUAAUUUACAUUAUAAACAGGAAGCUGGGAAUGACACUUUGCAACGAGAAGAGUGAUGAGGUGACGAGUUGUUGAUAUUCUCUUGGAUUACACAGAAGAUAGGUAGUCGAUGUAUAGUAAUUAGGGGUGGGAAUUUAAUCGACUGAUUAAUCGACUGGUUAAAUCAUUCCUCGUAAAAUUUGAACUGAAAUGAAUCACAGUCUCCAUUCCAAGUACAGUGUAUUGCAAAUCUUGCAAAAAGAGUAUAGUACGUAAACACCUUAGCCACUGUGCUCCGAAUGGAUUCCAGCUUUAGAAAGCAUUUACUUUCACCCGACUCGAACCAAAAAUAUUUAGCAGAAUAAGGCUUACAUCACCCAAUUGUUGAUAUUUCAUGAUUGUCACACAAAAAAAUUGUUGCUUUUGAGGAAAAUGUUAUAAUUAAUGAGAAACUUGAUUGUGUUGAAGUACCUGUACCAUUGUGAACCCGGAUAUGUCUCUGCAAUAUCUGAAUGCAAUUCAUUGUUUACAUUAAAAUUAUGUUUUAUACUAUAUUUGAUGAUUCAUGUAUAAAUGUACUAUGAAGUUAUGGAGACAAAAAGCCAAAAUCACGGUGCCUUUUAUCACUUGUCAAUUCAUAUGUAAUAUUUCAUCUAUGAAAAUAUGUACUGAAAUUCUCAGGAAUGCCUAUAAAGCACUUUCAAAAGGUUAACAUUAAAAGAUUGUUUUCUAUUCAAAUAAAAUGUGUAUUAUUUUCAUUAUUGUCAUAUAGAAGAAAACAUAAGAGUAGCUGUGAAUUUGAUUGCCGUUAUGCAUUAUGUGUUAUGUGGCAGCUCUGUGUAUGUCCUAGACGAAUUUCCUUCGGGACCAAUAAAAGAA